AUGGUUCCCAAAAGGAAUGCUCAAGUCCCACCCCUUUUGCUCUUCGAUCAGUGCUCGCGCGGACCACCAACCGGAAGAAGCUCCACCCUUUGUGAAGAGGGUGUCGGGGAAAGAGGGGUUACUGUAGGAUCAAAUGAAACAGAUAUAUCCAGAGAUAGUAGUAGAAGGAAAAGAAAAAAUAAGAGACUGUGA